AUGAAGGCUGGAGCAGCCUCCCUGGCAGCUGGCAUCCUCGGGGGCACCGGGGUGCUGCUCUUCCUCAUCGCCUUUGGGACGGAUUAUUGGCUUCUGGCCACGGACACCUGCGGGGUCUUCGAGCAUGGGAACAGCACUCUGAGCACCGGGGGGGCUGGAACUCCGACAGAGGCUGGGAAGGAGAUGCUCACGUUCCACCACGAGGGUUUCUUCUGGAGGUGCUGGUUCUUUGGGGAGGGCCACCCCGAGUCCAUCUGGACCUUCUGGUACACCAGCCAAGCACACCCCAAGUUCUGCAUGCAUGGCUACCUCUUCCCCAUGCCCAUUGCUGUGGGACCUUUCCCCCAUCCCUCCUAUGACACCACUGCAGUGUACAGAGGAUUUUGGACAGCAUUCAUCCUGCUGGCCGUGGCUGCUGGGCUCGUGGGGGGAUUCCUGCUGGUGUGUGGGGUCCCCUUCUCCAGCCCCCACUCCUACAAAGUUGGGGGAGGAUUCCUGCUGCUCUCAGGAGGUUUGUUUCUCCUGCUGGUGUUUCUCUUUGUGAUGUGGAAGGAGUUUGCAGCUGACUUCCAGAAGUACAUCCUUCUGGAGAGGAGUGAGAGGUGCCUGGAUGAUGUCCCUGUGCACGUUUACUACGGCUGGUCCUUCAUGUUCGCCGCCGCUGGCGUGCCCCUGGUGCUGCUCUCUGGACUCCUCUUCUUCCUGGUGGGCAGAGACAUUAUGGAUUCCCUGCAGUAA